AUGAGAGCAGAAAUUCCACUAAUCCUGAUGAAUGCAUAUAUUUUACAACAGAAUUACUUGGAAAGGUAUGGUUACUUAUCGCCUGCUGAUGUGGAAAUAGGGAAAACAAAGCUAAAUUCUGGAAAAGUUUCUGACGCCGUGCGAAAACUUCAGCAUUUCGCGGGGCUCAAUGAAACAGGGAAUCCGCUGGACCCAAGUACCGUAGAAUUGGUUACCAAGCAAUGGUGCGGUUUUCGCGAUCUUGGUAAUACGGCGCAGUUUAAGAGGAGAAGGAGAUAUGCUCUACAUGGCACCUGGUGGCGUAAACAUGUAAGUCACCAUCACGUACGAAAAAGAGAACGGAAUUGCGCUUUUUUUUCAGUUUUGGUUUAUUACGCAAUGCUUUUAAGAAGAUUCCAUGACGAGCCAAAAUACAGACCUUUACAAUGUAGAUUCUAAGACGGGGACGACUACGAGUACCAAAAGUAGUUCUCGCACGUGAACCAGUAUUAUUUUGGCGGGAAAACGCGAUAGCCGUUAUCAUUCUACUACGUAGUCGUAGUGGCGGAAACAGGUUAUCAAAUGUCAAAAGUUUUAUCAUUUUGCGAUCGAGAGAGAGCUUUUAAACCUCUUUCAUUAAAGGUAACAGUGCAAACGUUUCUGGUAAAAAAAAAGUGCAAUAAAGCUUUUCGGGAUGUUUAUUUUUUUAGAAUAGGCAAAAAACUUGGAGGCCCUUGAAUUCCUUGAAGUCAAAUCUCGUUCUCGUCUUCGAAUCUUUUAAAGGUCUCAUUUCAAAAAAACUAAAAUUUAAUGGAAAUACACAAAUUUCCUAACAUCGCUUUUCUGGUACUAGAUGAUGAUGACUAGAUGAUUUGUUUCUCCUGUAACUGGGCAUUUAUUUACUUGAAUUUUAGCUGAUAUAAUAACGUUACCCUAUCUAAGGAUUACACCGGGAAACGCCGGAAACGCAAACAAGGGCAAAAUCGAUAAAUCUUCACGGUCACCAAUAGUGCAAUUAGUGGUUUAUCUUCCUAUAUUUAUUGUGUGAAAAAUUCGUCAACGUACUCGCUAACUUGUGCUUCACGGCAGCAGUAGCUCAGUCGGAAGCGCGCUUGUCCGAAGAGCGGGCGGGAGGUCGGUAAGUUCGAACCAAUACUUACGGUGGGUUAAAAAAACUGAGAAACGAAGUAUAGUACCUUUGCCCAGCAAGAGGCUAGACCUUUGCGUGGCUCAGAUGACCAGUUAAAAUAGCGGUCCCAUCUCCAGCAGGAGACGUAAAAUUAGUGCCUUAAUUAGAACUUUUGUGCUAAAUACAUUGACACUCAAAUAAAGUGCAUCUGUUUUUAUUCUGAAACUUCGCCAGGAUUUGAAAUACAAGAUGGUGAAGUAUACAACAGACCUGUCAGUAAAGGAGGUAGACAAAACAAUUAAGGCUGCCAUGGACUUAUGGGCAAAGGUAACUCCGCUAACCUUCACCAAAGUGACGAGUGGACCAGCCGAUAUAGAUAUUUUCUUCGAUAAAGAAGGAGAUAAAGGAUACUCCUUUGAUGGAAGAGGAGGGGAGCUUGCGUUCGCGUACUUCCCUGGAAAUAAUGCAGGUACGUUUCUUGAAAAUAUAUUCCGUCUCCAUGUACGAUGUAGAGUGAGAACUCGGGAACCUCUAUUCAUGGGACGCCUGGAUCCAUUCAGAAUACACACAAGUUGGUCCUGGAAAAUGUUCAUAUAAUCUUUGUAUUUGUUUCCUGUAUCGAAGGGACACAUCUAGUCAGGGGAAAGGGACACUGUCUGGGUCCUGAAACCUUGGUUUAACCUCCGCUCAGUGGACACCUUAGCACUCCAAAACACGCACUCACGAAAGCACUUCCAAAAAGCCCUAGCAAACGCAAAAAUCGUUCAUAGGUUUAAGUGUGCCAGGAUAGUCACAAUGACACCAACGUUCACAACAUGAACUAUCUCACUUAAAUCGAUGUACUGCAUUUGUGGGUAUUCAAUACAAAAUUACGAAGAAACUAGCUGCUUGAAAUAGUGACAUUUAAGAGUCUUCAUAGCCAAUAACGUCACCAGGGCUUACCUUACAGACGACCAAUAACAUCACGACUUAACUGGCCAAUCAUGUCAAUAACCAGAGUUUAAUACCAACAACUGACGUGAGACAACUCACUUUGACUCUGAAGAUGACUACCACACAGGUUGUCGAAACGUCAGUCACUGUCAACAACAACAGUCCUAUUCAGGACUACGAUCACCCGGUCGAUCAUGUUUCACCUUCAAUAUUUUUUCUGUCGUUGUUUCUGUUUUUCUGGCCUACAACAGGACUUUUUGGGGAUGUUCAUUUUGACGAUGAAGAACAAUUUACCACCAACAAUAAAGGAGGAGGAGUGGAUCUUUUUUGGCUGGCGCUUCAUGAACUGGGGCACAGUCUGGGUCUUGAUCAUUCUUCAAAUAAGGACGCCAUCAUGUAUCCGAUUUACCGUGGCAGUCGUCCGGGACUUCAACUUCAUCGCGAUGACAUUAUGGGAAUUCAGCAGCUCUAUAGUGAGUUAAAGAAAAUAGUCUUUACUUUACUUUAUUGAAAUUCGACACGGUGACUGUGGAUGAAACAGGACACACGUCCCAUUUGAUAUCAACCUCUUCUUUACCCACCCAGCCCAUGAAAGAUUGUGCCACACCACCUACUACUACCCUUCACCCACCCCACUUUGUGAGAGACAUCCUUUUCUAUUUUUUCCACAAAAAAACUGAGACAUGACUGAAUAAAAUCUACUCCAAAAUCUUAAAAUCCACUGUCUUUGAAUGACGAUAUCUCAGAGUUCACAUUUCACCCAAAACAUCCAUCAUUUGAAAGCUGACUUUUGUUUCAGUGUCUUUGCGUCAAGACAUUUUUGUCAGAAUUUCUUGUAUAGGCCUUUUUUGUUUACAUAGACGGCGUAUUAGCUCCGUAUUGGCUACGCCACUGUCAUUUCAUACCAGGGAUCGGAAUUCUCCCUAGAUAUUUCGUUAAUGACGCCAGGAGCCCAUGACUUAUGAGCUCCUGGUUGAACUAAAAAAGAUUAUGCAGGUGCACAAAAAAUGAUUGUGAUUAUAAUGACUGAUCCACAAAAUGAUCUUUGAAUAACAAGAGAGAGAGAGAGAGAGAGAGAGAGAGAGAGAGAGAGAGAGAAAGAGAUCACUUUCACGUUCUCCAAGUUUCUAGCGAAAUCAUAUUAGUCUUUCUAGAUUUUUUUUUAGGUUUUUUACUUCUUUCCUAACUGUCUUAGCCAAAGACAAUUAACAGUAAUCUGUAUCAUUUAUUUUUAAGAACCCCUUACCUUUCAUAUACCUGAAGCCUGUGAAAGGUACCCGACCCCCUUACGGGCGGAGUUCCCCCCUUUUAGGCCAUUAUAGGGAGUACACCCCCCGGACUAUUAGCUCAUCUAACCUGUUGAUAAACCUGACGUUGAGUGGUCUAUUUUUUUUCUUCAUUUAUUUUUCCACUUUUGACACGUUUCUUUUUUCUUCUAAUCCGCCAUCAGGAGAGUCAACAAUUACUAAAGUUACAACAACACCUCAAGUGCACACGACGCAGCAGUCUAUCCCAGGAAAACCAGACCCAUGUGACAGCACUCUUGAUGCAAUGGUAAUGACCGCUGAUGAGACUACCUACGCGUUUAAGGGCGCAUAUUUUUGGCCAGUUGGCGACUAUGGUGUUUUUACGGAAGCGCUGAAGAUAUCCGAGUUCUGGGAAGGUCUAGAGAGUGAUAUUGAUGCUGCUUACACGAGACAGUAUGACGGGCUUACCUUCAUAUUUAAAGGAUCAAAGUGAGUAACUGUUUUUCUUUUUUAUCUGACUCUUUCCUCGGGGCUCUCUCAAACCCGAUUAGAUUAUGACAAAGGAAUAACGAUUCAUACUUUGUCGAUGCGUGGAUUGUGUUUGGCGGCCAUUAAUAAUUGUGUGGUUGGUAGGUGCGAGGUCAGGGGGCCUGUUUCUCGAAAGGCUCUGUAACUUUUCGGACCAGAAGGCAAAUUUUAAAAUUAAAACCUGUUAAAUAGUAGCACAGGUCCAAGUUCACAAACCUGUCAAUUUUGAUUCNCUUACACGAGACAGUAUGACGGGCUUACCUUCAUAUUUAAAGGAUCAAAGUGAGUAACUGUUUUUCUUUUUUAUCUGACUCUUUCCUCGGGGCUCUCUCAAACCCGAUUAGAUUAUGACAAAGGAAUAACGGUUCAUACUUUGUCGAUGCGUGGAUUGUGUUUGGCGGCCAUUAAUAAUUGUGUGGUUGGUAGGUGCGAGGUCAGGGGGCCUGUUUCUCGAAAGGUUCUGUAACUUUUCGGACCAGAAGGCAAAUUUUAAAAUUAAAACCUGUUAAAUAGUAGCACAGGUCCAAGUUCACAAACCUGUCAAUUUUGCUUCGUUAACUGAUGGUUUCAUUGUAUCAUUUUCAAAAUUAUAGGAACUUUGAUGAUGAAUGCAAACACGUUUAACAUAAGCUUUCCAGUCCCGAAAAGUUACCGAGACUUUCAAAAAACGGGCCCCUCAUGAGAACCGAUAAAACGUCGGAGCUGCUCGGAUCACCAGUUAUAAUAUGGCUCAAAUCUUACGUAAUCUUAUUUUUAAAGAUCCAUGGCCAGUGCAGAAAAACAACCUUUUCCAAUUUCGAAACAGGCCUUUUCUGGUUUUCGUUUUCGCGUGCUGGUUCGGCUCAUGCAUAAGAUUAGAAAAGUUUCCAUUUCUCUUCGACUUUGACCACUCAGUUGAAAUAAUGGACGGGGUGAAUUUCCUUGCGUUUACUGACGGUUUUAAACUAGACACUCACUUUGGUUACCACCCUAAUUAAUUUGCAUUGCUUUCUUUUUACACUGUGAUUGGUUGACAGAUUUCGCGCCGUUAUCCAACUCAAUGUAAUUGCCAUAUGCCAGCUUGCGUUUUCCCGCGUUUUAGCCCAGUUAGCUGAUUGUUUCAUUGGAUAGUAAAAACCCUUGAAUAUACAGGCCCACUCAACGCUCAAUAAAACCGAUUGGCUCCUUCAUGCAAGAUCUCUAAUGUAGAGAUGCCAGAGCCAGAACUCACUUGAAGUGGCAAUUAAAACGAAACUGAAUGCAAGGCUGGCAAAAUACAGCAAAGGGCUGAUUUAAUUGACGCCAAAAUUUCGGCUAACAAAAUCAGUCUUCCUCAGGGCCAGAGCUGCACUGAAAGGCUCUGGCCCUGAGGAAGGCUAAUUUUGUUAGCUGAAAACAGGAGCCCACGAAUUCCACAAAUAAAUCAACCUUUUGCGUUAUGGCCAGUCUUGCAUUCAGAUUUGUUCAUUGGAUAGCUCGCGUAUGCUAUGGUUGCUUUAGAAUGGGGUUCCUUAAUCGCGAAAAUUCUUUCUCUUUGUAGGUACUGGACGUACAAAAACAUGAAUCUAGUGAAAGGGGCAUCAAACGUUUCAGAUCUAAACCUACCCAACGCAGUCCACAACAUGGAUGCGGCAGUUGAGCGGGGAGCUGAAGGACUCUUAUAUAUCUUCAAGGGCGACAAGUUUUGGCGUUACGAUGGUUAUAAGAAAAGCGUUGAUCCUGGUUACCCCAAGCUUAUUCGAUCUGUGCUUCCGGGUUUACAGAGAAACAUACACGCUGCUCUUCAGUGGAAAAAUGGCAAGACGUUCUUUUUCAAGGGGGAACGAUAUUACGUACUAGAUGACUCGUCCUGGCGUAUUCGGCAAGGUUUUCCAAAAUCGAUCUCAACCUACUGGAUGGGUUGUUCACCAGAGGGAUUAGCGUCGGGAAGAAUUUUACCGCAUGGCUCG